CUCCUCUCUUUCCACUUCCGCCCCAAACCCGAACCCUAACUGGAACCCGAACCCCUUUUCUUCUCUCCCAAUCUCCAAUUACCCCCACUCUUCCUUUUCCCUCCCAAUUCCACACUCCUGCUCGUCCCCUCUCGCCUGAGAACACCACCGCCUCGCCGUCGCUCCGCCGGUUCACUCUCACCCACAAUUUUCACACAGGAAAUUUUCACAAUUCUAUUCACAUACUGUGUUAGGGUUUUCAAGCAGGAUUAAAACUCAUUUCAAAUACACGCCAUGAAUCCAAUUAUAGAUCCGUUACAAGGGGAUUUUCCAGAAGUGAUAGAAGAGUUUUUGGAACAUGGUAUUAUGAAAUGCAUAUCUUUUAAUCGCCGUGGCACUCUUCUUGCUGCUGGAUGUUCUGAUGGAAGUUGUGUUGUUUGGGACUUUGAAACCCGAGGAAUCGCAAAAGAGCUCAGAGAUAAAGACUGUGCUGCUGCCAUAACUAGCGUUUGCUGGUCAAGAAACGGUCAUAAUAUUCUUAUUUCCGCUGCCGAUAAAUCUUUAACGCUCUGGGAUGUUGUAAAAGGAGAAAAAAUUUACCGAAUCACAUUACAACAGACCCCGUUACAAGCUCGUUUACAUCCCUUAGAAUCAACACUUUGCUUAAUAUGUCCGUUUUCAUCUGCUCCCAUAAUUGUCGAUUUACGUACUGAAACCACAACAACACUUCCCAUAUCACUGUCUGAAAAACCCGCCCCUACAUCAAAAAACAAAUUUUCCGAUGGAUCAGCAUAUACACCAACAGCGGCAUGUUUUAACAAAUAUGGGGAUCUAGUUUAUGUCGGGAAUUCAGUUGGUGAAAUUCUUAUAAUCGACCACAAAAAGAAUCAGGUUUGCGGGAUUGUCCCGAUAUCGGGUGGUGCGGUGAUUAAGAAUAUUGUAUUCAGUAGAGAUGGACAGUUCCUUCUUACAAACUCGAGUGACCGUACGAUCAGGAUAUACGAAAACCUUUUAAAACAACAAGAUUCACAUAAACUUAUUCUUGAUGAGAUUCUACCAAAUUCAGAAAACGAGGUUGAAAUGUUAAAGGGUGCGGGAACAAACUGUUUAUCGCUUUUUCGGGAGUUUCAAGAUUCGAUCACGAAAGUGCAUUGGAAGGCGCCGUGUUUUAGUGGUGAUGGUGAGUGGGUGGUUGGUGGGUCCGCUAGUAAAGGUGAACAUAAAAUUUAUAUUUGGGAUAGACGGGCUGGGCAUCUUGUGAAAAUUCUUGAAGGUCCAAAGGAAGCUUUGAUGGAUUUGGUGUGGCACCCUGUUCAUCCUAUAGUCGUUUCUGUCUCUUUAACGGGUUUGGUUUACAUCUGGGCCAAAGACUACACCGAGAAUUGGAGUGCCUUCGCCCCAGAUUUUAAGGAACUAGAGGAAAACGAGGAGUAUGUUGAACGUGAAGAUGAAUUUGAUUUGAUGCCAGAAACUGAAAAGGUGAAAGAAUCAGAAACAAAUGAAGAAGAUGAAGUUGACAUUACAACAGUGGAAAAGGAUUCAGCAUUUAGCGAUUCAGAGGAGGAGCUAUGCUUCUUGCCUGCUGAUCCUUGCCCUGACCCUGAUGUUUCCGGGGAUAAACACACUGGACGACGUGAUAAUUCCUCCCCGCUUUCAGAAGAUAACAAUGGGUAUUCCAAUCAAGUAGAAGGACCGGAGAAUUCGGGUGGUGAAGAUACAGGUGGUGUGACACAUUUGAAAAGGAGGAGAAAACCGUCCGAAAAGGUGUUGGAACAGCAGCAAGCACAGAAGGUGCAGAAAUCAAAAGCUUCAGGUAAAUCUUUAAAACCUAAAAGUAAAUUUGGAAAUGAACAAGAAGAGGAAAAUGAUAUGAAUCAUUUUGGCGAUGAGAAUGGGUUUGAUGAUUAGUUAAAAAUGUAACCUAUCUAACUUUAUUGUAGCUUAUUAAUGAUUUUGGAUCAGAUUUUAUAUAGUUGCAGCCUCAAUUUGACAUUCUCGUUGGUUGAAAUUUAAAAUGACAAAUUUUAAUAGUA